AACCGUCGGGUCACCCUCUGUAGUGGGCGGGCACCACUGCCGAGGGAGGCGAGGGGCAACCAGCUGGUCGAUUGUUCGUGGUUGGGUUGAGCUCCGCAGCUCACACUCAUCAGUGUCGAUCAUCUUCUCCUCCUUUGCUGUUGCACUCUGCUCUGCUCUGCGUUCGAGACAUUGCUCGGUAGACCAUACGACCGAUAAGAACGAGUGACAGUCUGCAGCAGAAGCGAGCGAGAGAGCGAGAGACGGGGUUUGUUCGGUGUUCGUCUCAGGGUCUGUGCUGGAGGUCGUGCAUGAGGGCGACCAAGGAGUAGCGGCGAAGGGAGCGACGGCGAGAGCGAUGGCUCGCUCGCAGCGGACGAGCGCGAGCGCAAUGUGGACUCUGGUACUGAUGGUGGUGGCCGCUCUCACGGCCUCUGCCCGCGCGCAGUCCACCAACACUCUCGACACCAGCACCUUCGAUCAAUCGUUCAACGUCCUGUACGGGGCUGAUAAUCAGAUUGAGCGAUCCAUGGACGGUCGCGCCGUGAGCCUGUCCAUGACCGAACUGACAGGUUCGGGAUUCCAGUCGAAGGACACUUACCUGUUCGGGCAACUGAGCAUGAAAUUGAAAUUGGUUCCCGGUGACGCUGCUGGAGUCGUCGUUUGCUUCUAUCUGCACACAAUGACUGAGAACCACGACGAAUUCGAUUUCGAGUUCCUCGGGAACAAGUCCGGGGAGCCGGUCAUCUUGCAGACGAACAUUUACGCCAACGGGAACGGCGGACGCGAGGAGAGGAUCUUCCUCUGGUUCGACCCGGCCGAGAAGUUCCACACCUACACCGUCCUCUGGAACCACAACCAAGUCGUAUUUUACGUGGAUUCCGUACCCAUCAGGGUUCUAAGGAACACUCCUCAAUCUCAGAGCUUCUACCCCAAAGUGAGGCCCAUGUACGUAUUCUCCAGCAUCUGGAACGGGGACGAUUGGGCCACGAGAGGAGGACUCGACAAGGUGAACUGGACCAACGCUCCGUUUCUGGCUCACUACAAGGACUUCAAGAUGAACGGAUGCGUGUACAACGGCGUGGAUCCAUCCCCGGACUGCGUCUCGCCCUUCUACUCCGACACUUGGUGGAGCACUCACGAUGAGCUGAACGCAGUGGAGCUCAGGAAGCUCGAGUGGGUACGGUCCAAUUACAUGAUCUACGACUACUGCACGGAUUUUACGAGAUACCCGAUGUUGGCCACGAACUUCACCGAGUGCGCGGCUCCUUGAAGCAGAUUUUUGAGGCAUUGAGAGUAAAAUUCUCACCUCAGCAGCUUGUUUCGGUUUGUGUAUGGGACCGUGAAAUGACGCAGGGGAAAGGCUCCAGGAUGGAUCGAGGAUCGAAGCGGUUUGCCGGACCUCCGCCGCAUCAUCCCUCUGUAGCAGGUCGGCGGUUGGAUUGGCCGAUAGUGUAAGCAUAUUAUAAUCUGUAAGAAGAGUAGAGGGGUCCUGUAUGUAGUCCUAGGUGGAACUUCACCACGGAGCGAGUGGGAAGAAGUUUCUGAUCUUGCAGGAGAGGACAUCCCCGCUUUAGAUGUUUUGGGAAUGAAAGCAGAUUCUCGUUGCCCUUCCUGAUGAUGCCAAGAGAUGGGAACGAGGCAAGGCGGGGCGGGGCGGAGCCGGCAGGGCAGCUGGUUUCUUGCAAUUGAGUUGUAUAGUUAUCUUGCCUCCACAUUGGAGGUCAUAUUGGUCCAUUUUUUUCACCGCGCUCUCCCCAAUUCGCGCUGGAAUCAAAUUUUGAGUUAUCCUUCCUUGC